AUGGAAACGGUAAAUAAUAAGAUGGAUACUUUGAAUGCUUUAAAUACGACAGAAGAUUAUGGUGAACCGGUUUAUGUUGAAGCGCAUGGUGGCAAGAAUCAUGUAAUAAUGUAUCGUUCAAGAACCAACCCUGAAUUAGCUAUUGAAUUCUUUUUCCGUUCAUCCUCCAAAGAUGGUCGCUCACGUUACUAUCGUUGCACGAAAUGUUGGUAUAAAUAUAAAUUGAACCGUGGUACGUGUGCGACAUUGAUUGUUCGAGAUGGCCGUAUUAUAACUGAUCCAGAAAAUCCGGUGGUACCGCACCAAUGCGAAUUUCGAUCUUUGGAAAGUGUGAAAGCAAAUCGAGCCUGGAUUGCAAGCCGGAAACGAACAGCAAAAAGUUCAAGUUUGGAAGAUUUAUAUGCAUCUGAUACUCCUGCUCCAUGCACUAGUGGACUUAAUCUUCGCGAAGUCUUGGAAAUUUGGGCUGAAGAUUCAAAUACAGGAAUGAGUAACGCUGAAAGUGUAGAUGAAAAAGUGGAAAGUGGUGGUGAAACUGGAGGUACCAGUACUCCAUCGUCAACAUCAUCAAAAAAUGGCAGAAAUCUUGAUGAUAAUCCGGUAUGGGCAAGAAUACGAGAAAGGAUCACCGGAGUUGAUAAUAUUGACUUGGCAUGCGAAGAAUCUAUGGGAUUAUCUUCACCGUCUGGCUCACCAUCACCAAGUUACAAAUUUCCAAAUAUAGACGAGGAUACAGCAGGUUCUUCCGCGCAACAGUUUUCUAUUGAAACAAACGCUGAUAUGGCCGAAGGCACGGAACAGAAUAGCUGUUUGGAUGAUGCAUUCACAACAUCAAUGUUGAAGAAAAAUGAUGAAGCACUGGGAAAGCUGCAACAAGCGAUUGACAACUGCGAAAAUUUUGACAUUGAUGAUGUUUCCUUAGUGGACAAUGUUUUUGCGUACAAAUUUAACAAUACAACGGAUGUACAAGAUAAAAUUGCUAUUUGUGAAGAGUGGCUAUGUUUCUUGGCAAAAAUCACUCCUAUUGCCACAUCUCGAUGGCUUUCACAUUAUCAGUUCAGCAUUUACUAUACAUUUCACAUGCUGGCGCUCGUUUUUCGACAUUAUGAAAACAGAGAUGAAAAGAAGCGUUUUUAUAAAAUUUCACUGCCUCUAUUCAAGAGUUUAUUACAAGCAACAAAUUUAAUACCAGAGACUUCCGAGGAAAUCGUAAAUACGAAACUGGAUGUACUGCUGAGUAUUUCUUUUAUUGCCGUGCAAUUUUAUGAUGUGAGCGACCAGGAAAUUGUAAAAUACAUAGAGCGAGAAAUGCGUUCUGUCGGAGAUUCGGUGGCGGGAAAUUAUUCGUCGGAAGCAGCAACGCUGAUGGUGCAGAAGGUUUUCCGAAUAAGUAAUAAUUUAGAAGAACGCAAACGCUUGCUUAAUGGCAGAAUUGAAUAUGCCUGA